GUCAUUCUCAAAUCAAGUGAAAAGUUGACAAUAAUAGUACAUGUUCAUUAAAUUAUUUAUUUUAUUUGAUGGUAAUGUUAAUAUUAAUUCAAUUGACACUAAUGUCUAAUGCGUCAACGUACAACCUAUAAGUUAUAGGCUGUACUCUGUAGGUUGAUAACCUUGCUCUUCAAGAGUAGAUCGUUAUAGUGAAGUUCUACUCUACCAACUGUUGGAUUCGAUUUCGGUAAACCAGUUGACAACAAAAAAUCAUUUUACAUUGAACUUUCUUUGAAAUGGAUUUCUUAUUGAACAAACAUAGCAUACAUGAUGACUUGAUAUGUGCACAAGGAAGAAUACCCAUUCAAAUUGAUAAGCCAUUGGAAUCUAAUGAAAAACCACCAAUAGGAUAUAAGGAUGUUGAAGGUGAAUGGAAUCAACAACAUCAUCAAACAGCAGAAUCCACUAUAAUGCAGCCAGAUCUUUUAGGCAUUACUAAAAUGUUAAGAAUGGUUGAGCCUGAGCAAAACCCAGGAAACAAACUAGAUUAUACAAAUAAUGGAAAAGCCCUUAUUAGUAAACUCAACCCUAACGUGCCUGAGUUUACAUCCAAGAAAACAUCAUCGGAUAAUUCUGACCAACUUCCGAUUAAGACUGAUCAAAACUGUGAUAUUAGUAAUAAUGUAGACUUAAGUAAACUCAAUGAUGAAGAAAAGAAAAAAUUGAAAAAGAAACUAAUAUCUAAAAUAGGAACCACAAAAACCACUUGUGAGAAAACUAGACGGGAACGCAAUGCCGCUAUUGCGGGGAUAUUAAAACUAAGCACACAACCAACUGCAAAUGUGAAACUUAUGACACCAGAUGAGUUUAUGAAGAAAGAAAAUACUGAUAGCACUGACACACCUACUAAAGAGGUUAUCAAGAAAUCUGUUGAUAUAGUCGAUAAGUGGCUCAAUGGAGCACCGGAAAUGCCAAAAAAAACUUUGUAUUUAGGACCCAUAAUGUUUAGUAAAAAAUCAAAGUCGACUGAAAGCAAUAUGUCAAUCAAUACGGUCUCUAGUGAGGAAUUGAAAGUUAACAAUUUCUCUCCUACUAACAUAGCAAAUGAACUAACUGAAAAAUAUACAAAAAGAAUAAAGCAGAAAGAGGAAGCAUCUAUGGACAUAUGGUCCAAACUAAAAAGGGACCUAAAGGCGAAAGAUGAAGAAAUUAAAAAAAAGUCAUCCAAUAGCUUGUUAUGAUAUACUUACAACUAUACUAGUUAAUUUUCUCUCGUACAAAUGCAUCUUAAAAAAUUGAUUAAUUAAAGACGGUCAGAAAAAACCAGAAUGAAUAUACCGACAUACGAUAAGCGUAUGUAGUCCUCUCAUAGACUCAAAAUUAUCUAUAGUUUGCUUUAACCAUUGUCAAAGAACAUAGUUCCGUCUUUCGUUUUUUAAACUGAACACUAAAAUUAUCUCAUUAAAGAUUGUCUACCUACCUACCUACCUUGACAUUGGUAGAGUCUGCGCGGAAAGAGAACUAUACUGCGAUUGACAAUAUUGUUACGUCAUUAUAGUUCGACAGUCUUGAUACUUAAAAUGAAAUAAAAUAAGUAUACAAUAUUAGUGAAUGAAUUAUUGAUGGCUUAACCUUCACUGUAGUUCUCUUUUCGAAAAGUUGGCAUAUGUUAUCAAUAAACAAAUUUUUUUAUUGUAAAUUUUUGGUACCAUUAUAAUGUAGCACUUAAAAUAGUAGACUGCACUAUCAAUGUUAUAUAUGUAGGCUCCCUUUUUUAGAUUCUCAUAACAGUGUCAGAGUUGAGACUUAGCUAUAAGUGUAAGUCCCGUAUGACAAAAAGUUUUGGAUUUGUUAUACUAAACACUAGGUCUCGACUCUGAAUCAUAGACCUACUCAGAAGGCCUCUUGGAUAUAUGAUAUAUUAUUAUAAUAUGACUGAUAUUAAAUAAUGUUAUUAUUUUUAGAAGAAAUUUGUAAAUAAUGUAUUUUAUAUGCUAAUUGCUAACAACUUUUUAUGAAAUUGUACCAUAAGUAAAAUUAUGACAGUAAAUUUGACUAAUACAAACAAUUGUAUUCAAAUACUCAGUAAUAGUUGAAUAUCAGUAGACUCUAAUUGUACAUAUUCUCGAGAUUUCAUUAUUUAAUUUUAAAUGAUUUUAUAAAAAUUUAUUUAUGCGAAAUUCUUAAAAUGGAAUAUUAUUUAAAUUGUUUAUGUUAGGCAUAUCAGCACUAAACAUCUACGCUAAACACCUUAAACAGGCUAUAAAAGAAAAUCUAGAUGCUACUAUUGAGGAAAACCUGAUGUCGUUAACAGCUACAACAGACACCGACUACUCUCUCUGGAAGGCAUGCAAAAAUCUGAAUCAACCCACAUCCCUAAACCACCUAUAAAACUAGAUAGAAACAAGUGGGCUAGAUCUAAACUAGAAAAAGCAAAUGCUUUUGCUGACCAUCUGGCUAAAGUAUUUGUUCCAAAUGAAGCCACUCCUGGGUCGGAUGAGGCUGAAAUAGAUGACAUUCUCCAGCAGGAUUUCCAAUUGUAUUUGCCCUUGAAGAUAGUAACACCAAGGGAGGUACAAAGAACCAUACAACAAAUGGAGAAUAGGAAGGCACCAGGUUUUGACCUCAUUGACAAAAAGGUUCUCUCCGAAUUACCUCGUAAGGCUAUAACUUACUUGACGACCCUGUUCAACCGGAUUAUAAGUGUUGGAUACUUUCCAGCGCUAUGGAAGGUCUCUCAGGUGAUUAUGGUCCAUAAGCCCGGGAAAUCGCCACAUGACGUCUCAUCUUACCGACCUAUAAGUCUUCUCCCGAUCGUCUCUAAAGUACUGGAGAAGGUACUACUACGACGGCUCUCGCAAGCUAUUCAUGAAAAUUCUAUAAUUCCAGAUCACCAAUUCGGGUUUAGAGCACAACACGGCACUAUCGAACAAACUCACAGGGUGUGUAAAUUCAUAAGCAAUAGCCUUGAGCUAAAAGAGUACUGCUCCUCAGCUUUUCUGGACGUUCAAGAAGCAUUCGAUCGCGUAUGGCACAAGGGGCUCUUAUGCAAGAUCAAGUCACUUCUGCCUCAUAUUUUCUAUGGAAUCCUAGAGUCUUAUAUCACCGAUAGAAUAUUCCAAGUGAAAGAGAUGGAUUGUACAUCAGGUUUUCAUGAUAUACUUGCAGGGGUACCUCAAGGAUCUGUGCUUGGCCCAGUGCUGUACACCAUAUAUACCUCAGAUCUACCGCGUACCUCUGAAGUCAACAUUGCAACCUAUGCAGACGAUACGGCAAUCCUAGCUUCAAGUAAACAACCCGAAGAAGCCACGUUAAAGCUGCAGCGAAGCCUAGAUGAAAUAAGCAACUGGUUCGAUAGGUGGAGAAUUAGGGUGAACACUAGCAAAUCAGUACAGGUGAUAUUCACACUGCGAAGAAAGACAUGCCCCCCUGUAAACCUAGGAGGAAAGGAACUACCUCAGAGUGACACAGUUAAAUAUCUUGGACUGCACUUGGACCGUAGAUUGACAUGGCAAAAACACAUCGAAA